AUGGCGAAACUCUUUUUGUGUGUUUUCACAAUUCUGGCAAUAUGUUCUUGGGCUACGGCUACCAUCGCUGAAUCCGACAUAAAAUACAAAGAUCCGAAACAACCAUUAGGUGUUCGAAUAAGGGACUUGAUGAACAGGAUGACUUUGGAAGAAAAGAUCGGUCAAAUGACGCAGAUUGAUAGUAGUCUAGCUACACUAGAAGUAAUGCGGAAUUUCUCCAUAGGGAGUUUAUUGACCACUGCAUCGACCCCUUCAACACAAGACCCUCCAGAGGCAUGGAUUAAUAUGGUAAACAAUUUCCAAAGAGAAUCGUUGUCUAGUCGUUUGGGUAUACCGCUGAUGUAUGGAAUUGAUGCUGUCCAUGGCAAUAGUAAAGUUUACAACGCCACUAUUUUCCCACAUAAUAUUGGCCUUGGAGUAACUAGGGACGUUGAAUUGGUGAAGAAAAUUGGAGCAGCGACUGCUCUUGAAAUUCGAGCUACCGGCAUCAACUAUGCGUUUGCACCUUGUGUUGCGGUAUGUAGAGAUCCAAGAUGGGGUCGUUGCUUCGAGAGCUUUGGUGAAGAUCCUAAUAUUGUUCGAGCCAUGACUGAGUUCAUACCUGGACUUCAAGGAAGCAUUCCUAGUGAUGGUCGAUUAGGUGUUCCUUUUGUUAGCGGGCAAGAAAAAGUUGCAUCUUGCGCCAAACAUUAUGUGGGUGAUGGUGGAACGACAAAAGGCAUCAAUGCGAACAAUACCGUCAUAGAUUUUCAUGGUUUAUUGAGCAUUCAUAUGCCACCGUACUUUGAUGCAGUACGGAAGGGUGUUACAACCAUCAUGAUUUCUUACUCUAGCUUGAACGGAGUCAAAAUGCAUAGAAAUACUCCACUUAUAACUGGAUUUCUAAAGAACACUCUCAAAUUCAGAGGAUUUGUGAUCUCAGAUUUUAUGGGUAUUGACCAGCUGACAAAUCCGCCUCAUGCUAAUUACACUUCGUCGAUUCAACAAAGCAUUAUGGCUGGCAUAGACAUGGUGGGUUGA